CCAGUCCCGCGGUACAUCCUGCAAACACAUCUGAGACUCCGAAAAAAAAAUCUCUGUCCAGUUUCCCCUCGCGCACCGCCUCCGUGUUCCCACCGGGAUGGCUCGUUGUUUGACCACCGGAGAAGUCCCGACACUUUAGAUAAAGUCGUGUAUUUGUGUGCAGUUGACCCUGCAGGGUCGAUGUCCCUGUUGGACUUUAUGUGUUCAUGUUUGCACGCGCGACGGUGGGACAUCCGGAAUGGGGGAUCCGUAGGAGGAGAGGACGCUCGCUGGUGUGCUGUAAGUUAGCAAAUAGAGCGCACCAACGCGCGCGCACGGAGCCCAUACGCACGAGAUGGACUUUAAGAGGACAAAAUUUGGAAGGUUCAUGAACUGCAGGGUCCCAGCCAGUAAGAGAUACCAGCCCACUGAAUAUGAACAUGCUGCAAACUGUGCCACACAUGGGGUAUGGAUCCUCCCCAGUCUGGUGGGCGGGUCUGUGCUCUACUUCCUGUCUGUGGACCAAUGGCAUUGUGUGGCUGCCUGGCUCUAUGAGCGGUCUCACCGGCUGUUCGUCACCUCAACACUCUUCCCCGCUGCCUGGAAAAUCAGCCACCUCCGGAAGGUGGAGCAGCGUUUCCACAUGUGUGACAGAAUGGCCAUCUACUUCUUCAUAGCUGCCUCCUACUCUCCCUGGUUGAUGCUGAGGGACCUGGGGCCCUGGGCGUGCCACAUGCGCUGGCUGAUAUGGCUCAUGGCCUGCGUAGGAUCCUUGUAUGUCUUCUUUUUCCACGAGAGGUACAAGCUGGUAGAGUUGUUUGGAUAUGUGGCCAUGGGGGUUGUUCCGGCUUUGGUCAUCCUGUCUAUGGUGGAGCGUGCAGGUGUGUGUGAACUGGCAGUGGGGGGUGUCUUCUAUGUGGUGGGCGUGGUCUUCUUUAAGAGCGACGGCCUCGUCCCUUUCGCCCACGCCAUCUGGCAUCUUUUCGUGGCAGCAGGAGCAUGCAUUCAUUAUUACGCCAUCUGGAGGUACCUGUACUUACCUGGGCCGCUGCUGCAGACGUUGAGGUGACGUCGAGCCUCUCCUAGUCAUUAGGCCGUUUUGUUUUGACCACAGCUGACCUGACUCAUGAGGCUGAACCUGGAGAGAUGGUGCUGAGGUGAUCUGAUCGCCCUGACUGCUGCUGAUCAGAUGAAAUUCUCCACAGUUGGGUCUCAAAGACCUGGGGGAUAUCUUACUGUUAAGCUAAAAGGCAUUUUUAACAUGCUAAUUAUAUAACAGACUGAUCAGUGAACAUUCAUACUGACUAAACCAAACUUGCGCAGAGAUACGACUCUCGUUCUGCUGUUCAAGACAUUUUUAUCAUCAGAAAGAUAAAAAAAAAACCAGCCCUGGGGUAUGAAUCUUUUGUGUUCAUCACCUGCUGGGAGAGGUUUGUGCAAAUAAGGCAACAUAUAAUGUGCCAGCAAGAUUAGAUGAGCAAUGCUGAGUGAAAGGAGUAGUUAAGCUAAUGCACUUAAUUCCCUUUCUUACUGGGAGUUAGAUGACAUUGAUACCACUCUCAUUUCUGUACUAAAUAUAUCAUCAGCAACUCUCUGUAAGAAUACACAUCAAGCGUAUAAAAUGUUCUUUAAUCACACAUCUUCAUAAGAGAACUGACGACAAACAGUCUGUGAGUAAACUAUCCUCGGCUAAUUAACUCCACCCUUUACAUAUUCUAACCAUGGGUUAUGGGCCAAAACAUUCCACAGGGGCAUUCCUCUAUAUUGGUGCUAACCCCUACUUUACUUUAUUUUGGUUUUGUCCAUUUUUGCACAGUGGCAAAAUAUGAAAAUAUUAAGUUGGCAUGUUUUAGGUUGACUUAGACUGCAUUAAGCAACCUGCAGACAGACUUAAAGUCCCCAUAUAUUGGCUGAUUAGAAUUCCCAUAGACUCUGAUGAGCCUCUCUUAUUCCAGAUAAUACGUCACUAGCCCGAUGGUGAUUCUGCUUUGAUUUAGUUAGUUAGUCUUGAAUAGGCCUCAAAAUCAAUUCUCAUACUAUUAUGUUAUGUUAUUUGUAAGAUUAAAAGUCUAAUCUAAAGCUAUUGUUAAACUAAGUGUAUUUAUUGUUAAAUUCAUAAAGAAUGUCGUGGCUGUAAGCAUUGAUUGUUUUGUUUAGAGGAUGACGAUUGCAAGUUGUUUUGUUUAAGGGGUGCACUGUUAUCCUUAAGCACUUUUCUAUCAGCAACACUGUUGAAUGAAGUAUUCAGUAAUUUCCUAAAAUCCUUAGAAUACACAUGGGUUUGAAUUUUUAUACUUCUUUAAGCAUAGUUCAACAGUUUGUUUUACAGAGUAAUUUCUCAGGAAGUGAGCAUUUAUAUAAUUUAAAACAAAAUCAGAUGAUCUAUUUUAUAAAAUUGUAUUUUCAUUGUAUUAAAGACGAUAAACUAUA